AAAAUCAGGGGAAAAGAAAAGGAAGAAAACCCUUUUGGAUUUGUUUCAUCUCGUCACCACAGCGCAGCCGCAAAGGAACUGUUGCAGACUUAAACCCUUCGAAACCUAAUUUCAGAGCAACCAAUCAGCAAAAAUGGUGAGCCAAAGACAACGACUCGCUAAGAAACGCUACAAAGAAGAACACCCCGAACUCUUCCCCAAAGUCGACCCAACUCCACCAAACGACCCAUCAAAAAAGAAGAAAAACAAAUUCAAGCGCAAAAAACCCGACUCAAACUCCAAACCCCGAACCGGAAAACGCCCCCUUCGAGUUCCCGGUAUGAAACCCGGCGACAGCUGUUUCAUUUGCAAGGGAUUAGACCACAUCGCUAAAUUCUGUACUCAGAAAGCUGAAUGGGAAAAGAAUAAGAUAUGUUUGCGGUGUCGGCGUCGUGGUCAUCGAGCUCAGAAUUGUCCUGAUGGUGGUUCUAAAGAGGAUUUUAAGUAUUGUUAUAACUGUGGUGAUAAUGGUCACUCUCUUGCUAAUUGUCCUCAUCCUCUUCAAGAAGGCGGGACUAUGUUUGCUCAGUGUUUUGUUUGUAAGGAACAAGGGCAUUUGAGUAAAAAUUGCCCUAAAAAUGCUCAUGGCAUUUAUCCUAAGGGUGGUUGUUGUAAAAUAUGUGGUGGUGUCACACAUUUGGCAAGGGAUUGUCCUGAUAAAGGGCAGAAUGGAUUUGGUGAUGGUCGUCCUAAAGGGCCUGUUCAUAACUUAUUGAGAACCGACGAGAGGCCCAGUGGUCAGGUUACCAAAUUUGUGAGUGGAGAUGAUAUGGACGACGACUUCACAACAGAAGUAAAAAGCGAGGAAAAGAACAAGUCUGCAAAGUCUGAAGAUGGCAAUGUAAAACCAAAGAAAGGUCCUAAAGUCGUGAACUUUGAUUAGGCGUAUGUUUGAAAUCACGAUGAGUUAAACGUAAUCAAUGUGGCAUUGCGAUUUUGCUGAAGCUCCAAAAGUAUAGCUUUUGUCAAACUCGCAGCAAGUGUGAUACUGCCAAACUCACUGAGAAUUCAGACAUGCACUUAGGUAGUUACCUCUUAAUGUGUUGUGUGGACAUUGUUUUUCAUUAUUCAUUUUCUUUGUUCUGCUAGUACUUAAGCCUACACUAGGACCCUGCCAUGCAUUGCAAUCUCAUGAAUCUCAACUAGAUUGAAAUCAAAUGCAAUUUUUUCUGCAAGUCCUAGGUGGCUCUAAAUUUGGGAGAAUUGAGAUGUAAACUAAAUUAUCUUUCCUUGCUGAUGAUUCAUUAAUCCUAAUGUGCUUUCAAAAGGAAACUAAAUGUAACUAUUUUAUGGGCAUAGCUACUAGUUUACCAGCCCUACUUUUAUUUGAUUUAUAUGGUUGAGUUAUGUUCCAUUAUUUUUCAA